AUGGAGGCUCUGAAAGCUGAAGUAGAGAGACAGGAUCAGGACAUUCAGCAACUGCAGCGGCAAUUAAAGGAGGCAGAACAAAUCUUGGCUACUGCAAUUUAUCAAGCAAAGCAAAAAUUACAGUCUAUUGCACGUGCUAAUAAGAGACCUGUUCCUUCGGAAGAGCUUAUUAAAUAUGCACAUAGGAUAAGCGCAACCAAUGCAAUUUGUGCACCAUUAACAUGGCAGCAGGGAGAUCCCAGAAGACCAUAUCCAACAGAUAUUGAAAUGAGAUUAGGAUACCUUGGACGAUUAAGUGAUUUACCUUUAAAUGGACAAUUACUUGGAUCUCAUCCAGGUAUCCCAUCUGAUUUGCAUAGAGCAGGACAUCCUGCUGGAGAACCACCUGUUUCACAAUCGAAUCAAUUUGCUUGGCAUCCGUCAGGAGAGAUUCAUAUGUCUGUUGGUGGACAAGGCAGUGUAGCUGUGAAUACACAUAAACAGGAAACCGAAGAUGUUGAAGUUAUGUCUACAGAUUCCUCGAGUAGUUCGUCCAGUGAUUCUCAAUAAAUGUAAAUAUUGCAAUAGAA